ACAAAAUAAGUAAUAUGGUAAUGAAGGGUGUUUCUAAUGAGAAAGAAAUGCAACAAAUUGUCUUCUUUUUAUAAUUAUAAUCAUAUUUAUGAUUAUUAUUAACUAUGAUUAUUAUGAUUAUUAUUAAUAAUUGAACUAGAGCAGUCAUUAGUAUUAAUGGGCGAAGGAAAUGAAUUAAGGUGAUUACGGACAUCGCUAUGGUCCAAUGGGUGCACCUGAGAGCAGAUCUUGUUAAUCCGCCUGUCAGGUCAGCCUGGUGUCGCAGUCUGCGGACUGAUACUUAUGAUGUGGUGCUGAGGUCAAUCACUUGGCCUCGGGCAGGCGCAGCGCAGGGCGGCGCCGUGUGGCUGCUGGUCACACGUACUGAUGUUGUUGAACAAAAGGGAGACACAGCGGAGGGAACAGGAAGUUUACCGAGAAGCCGUCUGUCGGAAGGGGCGCCCAACAUUUUGUUUGUCAGUAUGACAGACAUUUACGAUUUCCAUGAGAAGCUCCAGAGGGAUGCCCAGUUCCUGUGCUCACAUGAGAGGAUGGACACUGAACUGGUUGACAGACUGGUGCUGCAGCUGAACAGGAUCUACCCCCAGAUACUCAGCGACAGGGAGGCACGCAGGUUCAGGAACCUGAGCGUGCCCACCGAGGUGCGCUUACCAGAGCUCUUGAUGCAUCUGUAUAUGAAGGGAGAGGAGGCCUGUCAUGAAUUCUACAGAGGACUUCACAUUCACGCUGAAGAUGUCUACACCAGCUUGCCCACCAGAGUCACACAGAGAGUAAUGCUGUCCAAUAUGCCAGAUAUUGCAGAUCCAAAAUGGACUCUCAGUGUGACCAGCUCCCCAGAGCGAUUUGUUCUUAAUGACAGAGGUCCGAUGUUCUUCCUGAGCUGUUUCAGUUUUUUAGUUGGUGUUGCACUACUCUACUAUUAUGGAGAGGGUGAGACAUUGAGCUCUACUGGUCCGUUUCUUCACUGCUCUGCAGCAGCACUUGGGAAAGGUGCUAAAGAUGUUUUAAUUUCAUAUGCUGAGGUUUGAAAACGGAACAGAAGAGGCCAUUAAGGUGCUGCUGAAAUGCUGAAGAAAUGGUCCCUUCAGAAGAACAAGCCAUUUACUGUGCCACUUUGCAGUGCCAAACUCAUAUCCACUUAAAGAGCUAUCGAAGCUUUUUUUUUUAAAUCUCAAUUUUUUUCUAAGCAGUACUGACUUACUUUGGGAAAGGGAAACAAUGACGCAUAUCAUUCUGCCAUGGAUUCCCACAGCUGAAACCUUUUAUAAAAACAUGUAAUGUUCUACCCUAACACUUGUGUGUAUAUAUAAAGGUUAUUUUGUGUAUAUAAUCUAUCUGAUCACAUUUUCUUAGUAAAUACUGACUGACAUUAUGACCUCUACUCAGGUUUUAAGAUGGGAGGAGCUGUGCUGGUAAUAACACUAGUCAACAAACUCUGCUUUAAGUAUAAAUAUGACUAAUAAAAGGUUAAGUUUCCCCACCUGAAAAAUGUUUAAUCUAAUUUUAAUUUGACCUUUGAUUCUCGGUAAUGCACAAAUUUGAUUUAUCUCUCUGUGCCUUCUUGGUGGGGCUGUUGGUGAAAUAUGCACAGAGGAUUUUGGGACAGAAUAGCCAAAAAUGCACGAUGUAGUAGGACAUCCUGGUAUUUUUCUGCAAACUACAUUUGACAUGCGUGUAUCGGGACAUCGCGCUCCAUGCCUCUGUAUCUUUAAUACAGCAAACAAAAUGUAAUCAAACAUGUUUGUCAAACACGGUGUGCAAAUGUUCCUGGGAGUAAAGGUGUUGAAAUGUAAUGUCCUAAGAAGAAGCCUUUAGGGAACGGAAGUGACUAAGGCUGUGAUCGUGAGUGGACUAUUAGAAUGUUGAAUUUUGUUUUGUUCAA